AUUAUGAUGAUAUAAACAUAUUUUGAGAAAAAUUUCUUUGCCAAAAUCAAAUAGUAAAAUGUUGAGAUUCUUAUCGAAGAUAAAAGUGGAGUUCAAUGCGGUGGAUCCGCGCUCGGCGUCGUGUAUGGAGUUCCUGGCGCUGUGCAAUUCCCGCAGGGCCAGGGAGUCGAAUCCAAGCUGCGCGGUCGGAGUCAGGCGCCGGACAGACGAGUUCUCGCCGAGGAUUGCUGUGACUUUCGUCGACGGAUCUGAGGAGACCUUCGAUGCGGCGGCCAUGGCUGCUGAGGACAUCCAGAACACGAUUCUGGAGAAGGCUCAGGUAUUUGAAGCAGAGCAGAUGUUUCGUGAAGCGGGUGAGAAGUGGCCGGUUCUGAUCCCCGACGAUGAGCUUCGACAACCGUAUGCAUCUGGGAAUCAGGGCCAGCGAGUUCCGUAAAUUUCGAAAUUCCGAGGAUGGAGAGCUUGAUGCUGCCCAGCACAACCUUGACUACCCCAACAAAAUCCCGAGACAAACUCGAAAAAUCAAAAAUCAUUUCCAGAAACGGGCCGCCGAAGCUCAC